AUGCCUGGAGAGAUAUUGUUUGCCUGCAAGACAGUUUUCGCACUUCCCAGGGAAUGUCAGUAUUUUCAAAAGCUGAUCUUUCAAAAAGAUCCGGAAAUCUAUUUCUGUACCGUUGAUGGAGAAGUUUUCAAUGAUUUCCAUCAGCGAUUCCGUGAGCUUCCCGACGAUGCUGUAUUUCAACUUCACUUUCGAUUGCUUGGAGGGAAAGGAGGUUUUGGGUCCCUUUUACGCUCGUUUCGUGUUAAUAAAAGUACGAAUCAACUGAUGUGUCGAGACCUCAAUGGACGUCGUCUUGCUUCUAUCGAUGAGGAGCAGAAAUUGAAGAAGUGGAUUGAAAGGCUUGCAGAACGUGAGAAGGAGAAAAUAGCUAAAAGGAACGCAAAAUAUGAAAAGCUGAAGUCCGGUCCUCCUAAACACAUGUUUGACGAUCCUGACUAUAUUCGGCAAAAAGAAACUAUUAUUGAGAAAACAGAAGAAGCAUUUGAACAAGGCUUCGUGGAAUUUAUGAAGGAAGCACAAGAGAAGAAAGCGAAUCCUCCUGUUGAAUCUUCUUCGGACUCAGAUUUUGAUAUUGACGAUUUACCUGGUGGAUCAAGAAGUGAAAGAAAAAGAAAAGCAACAAAAACUACCAGUGUCGUGAAGGAGAAAGUGCAGAAACUAGACAAUGAGGACAGCUAUAAUUCCGAUUCGGAUUCUGAAGAAAAUGAUAUUGAUCCCGAACUGCUUCAUGAGAUUCAUGCAUAUUUUUCUGAGAAAGGCAAAGAUGCUUCGUUUAAGGUUGAUGAGCCAUGCGGUUCGAAACAAGUACAGGAAAUGAAAAAUACGGAUGAAGUAGCAUCGCACGACAAGGGGAUAGAAGAGAACUCUAAAAGCAGAAAGCAAGAAGAAAAAAGUGUGGCAAAAUCAGAAGAACUUCCCGAGGUAGCCGUGGAACGAAACAAAACGCCAAAAGAGAUGGGGAGGCAAGAAGGCGGCAACGUUAUGGAAAAGAAUUUCUCGGAAUCAGAAGAAUUCGUCGAUGUAGAUUUGGCACAAUACAAUACUGCACAGGAACUUGAAGCUUUGGGACUCCAGCGUCUUAAACACGCUCUUUCAGUUCGUGGAAUGAAAUGUGGUGGCACACUAAGUCAACGAGCUGCUCGACUUUUCUCAGCAAAGAAUUCCGCUAACUGA